AUGUAUCGGUUAAAUGACUCGGAUACCUCUCUGCCGACUAUACCGGUUCACCCGAUCGGGUAUGGUGAUGCACAACAUCUUUUAAGUGAACUCGGAGGUGAUGAGGUCCAGGAUACCUGGAAGGGAGGUCUUAACAUCACCUACAGAUACGGACCAGGAUUUACUAAUCCAAACAGAAAAGUGAAGAUGAGUAUACAUACCUCAAGAGAGAUUCGAACCAUCUAUAACGUAAUCGGUGUCAUCAACGGAGCAGUGGAACCAGAUCGGUAUGUGUUGCUAGGCAACCAUCGUGAUGCCUGGGUUUAUGGUGCUGUAGAUCCAUCUAGUGGAACAGCAGUUCUUAUGGAGAGUGCAAGAGUAUACUCACAGAUGAUCAAGAAAGGAUGGCGGCCACGUAGAUCUGUAAUGUUUUGUAGUUGGGGAGCUGAGGAGUAUGGUUUGUUAGGAUCCACCGAGUUUGUAGAGGAAUAUCAAAAGAUACUUGGUGAGAGAGCUGUGGCCUAUAUCAAUAUAGAUAGUGCUGUGGUCGGGAAUUAUUCAUUCGUUGCCAAGGCAACGCCUCUUUUGCAGCAGGCUAUAAUGGAUGCUACCAAAAAGGCAAGUUUGGACAGUAAUCUAGUCUAA